AUGAGCGCAGCGGCGCGGCCGGCCGCGAUCGCGCCUCGCGACGCGGCGCGACGCGUCGCGUCGACGCGGGCGCGACGCGUCGUCUCGGCACCGCUUCGAGGACGGACAGAGAGGAGGAGGGCGCCGCAUCCCGCGCGCGCGACGACCCGUGCGUCGACACCGAGAGAGGGGCGAUCUGACGACGGUCCGACGCUCGUGGAGACUAGCAGCGGCGGGCAGCAGCUGCGCAGGUGGGGUCGCACCCCGACCGGCGGCUUCGAUCGCCAGCCCCCGCGGCGACCGGAGGAGGAACUCGCUGGACAGGGCGAAGCGACGUCGGGGCGCUCCGGUUUCGCGAGGUGGGACCCGAGGCUGUCCCCGAGGCUCCGCGCCGUCUUCCUGCCCGCGGGCUACCCCGACACCGUCUCGCCGGACUACGCUCCGUUCAUCCGGUGGCACCUCGGCUCGCUCAUGUUCCGCAACGUCCUCGAGGUCAUCACCGCGCAGAGCCUAUUGGUGGCGCUCGGGAUGGGCUCCACGCCCGGCGCGCUCCCGCUCACGGCGGCGACGAAGUGGGUCCUCAAGGACGGCAUCGGUUCCCUCGCGACGCUCGCGGCGGGAUCCCUCGGCGGGCAGAAGUGCGACGAGGAUCCCAAGCGGUGGUGGAUGGUGAGCAACGCGUUCGAGGACGUCGCGCGGGUCAUCGAGCUCGUCACCCCCGCGGCGCCCGCGCUCUUCCUCCCGCUAGCCGCGACGGCCACGUUCGUGCGCACCGCGGCGCUCACGGGGCGGGGAUCGCUCGUGAACGGGUCCCUCAUGCAGCACUUCGCGCGCAAUGAGAACACCGCGGACGUCCGCGCCAGGCUGGAGGUCCAGGGGCGGUGGCUCGCCCUCGUCGCGCUCCCGGUGGGCAUCGGCAUCUUUCGCACGGUUUCGCAAUCCUUCGCGAGCGAUCCGGAGGAACCCGCGAGGGACGUCGCCAUCGCGGUGGCGCUCUACGGCGGCGUCGUGUGCGCGCACCUGGUGUGCAUAUGGAACGCCGCGAAGGUUCUGCGGUUCGAGACGCUCAACCGCGCGAGGCUGGUGCGCCAGGCGAGGGCUUUUCGCGACGGGGGAGCCGCGGCCAUCGCCGAUUACAACGCGGCUGGCGACGAGGAAGGGGUGUUUCGCGCGAGGUUUUCGCCCGGCGAUCCCGUCCUCGGGGCGUCCCUCCCGGACGCGGCGAGGGACUGGGCGCACCUCGAGCGUCUCGUAGGGCACGCGCGGGAUGGAUUUAUUUCCCCGAUGGAACUUCCUCCCGGGUCUUCGGGUCGGACAGACGUCGGACGAAGGUUCGCGCUGGGGUGGAACGAGAGGGACGGCGGUUGUCCAGCGGUGCUCCUCGACGCCGACGCGACUGCCCGCGACGUCUUCGCCGCGGCGCUCGCUGGGGUGCACGCGAGUCGUGGGGUUCGGGGCGGGGACGACGCGGAGGGUUUUGGGCGGGCGUACGCGUGGGGGGACGCGAGGGUGGACGAGUUUAUAGUGGCGAUGGCUGCGAAAGGGUGGCGCGUGGAUUUCGUGCAGCUGGGUACGGCGCCGAGGUACAGGCUCGGGUCUCUGCUCGGUACAGGAUCGGGAGGCGGGGAAGUGGGGGGCGGGACGCGCGGGGGGAAGGGGGGAAGCGUCGGGGUGGACGCGUCGGUUGACGACGUCCUCGCGACGUGA